AUGUCUCAACACGCAAACUCAUCAUCUUGGACCUCUUUCCUGAAAUCGAUUAGUUCGUUCAAUGGCGAUCUGUCGUCUCUUUCUGCUCCACCAUUUAUUCUUUCUCCCACUUCAUUGACAGAGUUUUCUCAGUACUGGGCUGAACAUCCCGACCUAUUUCUGGAAGCAUCAUUCAUCAAUGACAAAAACUACAAGGAACAUUGUCUUUUUGACCCCAAUGUUGAAUCGCAAGAGGUGGCGCGGAUGUUGGCAGUGGUUAGAUGGUUUAUUUCCACUUUGAGGUCACAGUACUGUUCUAGAAGCGAAUCGAUGGGUUCUGAAAAAAAGCCUUUAAAUCCAUUCUUGGGUGAAACGUUUGUUGGUAAAUGGCAUGAUGACGAACAUCUCGAGUACGGUGAAACGGUGCUUUUAAGUGAGCAAGUUUCACACCAUCCUCCUAUGACUGCAUUUUCGAUCUUUAAUGAAAAAAACGAUGUUUCUCUGCAAGGUUAUAAUCAAAUUAAGACCGGAUUUACUAAAACAUUAACACUAACAGUCAAGCCAUAUGGUCAUGUGAUUUUGAAGAUCAAAGAUGAGACAUACUUGAUUACAACUCCGCCUUUACACAUCGAAGGUAUUUUAGUCGCUUCCCCUUUUGUUGAGUUAGGAGGUAGAUCAUUCAUUCAGUCAUCAAAUGGUAUGUUAUGCGUCAUUGAAUAUUCAGGAAGAGGGUAUUUCACAGGUAAGAAGAAUUCCUUCAAGGCAAGGAUCUAUAAAAAUCCUCAAGAACAUAGUCAUAAGGAGAAUGCUCUAUACCUAAUCUCCGGUCAAUGGUCAGGUGUUUCAACAAUUACAAAAAAAGAUUCGGAGGCUCCACACCAGUUCUAUGAUUCAUCAAAGACACCUGCUAGACAUUUGCUAGUCAAACCAAUCGAAGAACAGCAUCCUUUAGAGAGCAGGAGGGCUUGGAAGGAUGUGGCCGAAGCAAUCAGGUCAGGUAAUAAUAGUUUGAUAAAGAAAACUAAGGAAGAACUAGAAAAUAAACAAAGGGCCUUGAGAGAACAGGAACAUGCAAAGGGCGUCGAAUGGCAAAGAAGAUGGUUUAGGCGGGUGGACUACAUGAAUGAUGGUAAGUCAAAUGAUAUAGAGAACGCUAGUGAAGAUGAUCUUUUCAAAAAACUGGCAUCCAAACUGCAGCUUUCUGUGAAAAAUGUACCCAGUGGGACGUUGAUUGGCGGAAAGGACGAUAAAAAGGACGUUUCAACCGCAUUGCAUUGGAGGUUUGACAAAGGCUUGUGGAUGAAGGAAAAGGAAAUUACUAUAUAA